GCGAAAAUGGAGUUCGGCGAAACAAUGGUUACGAUAUCACGGAAAAAGAAACUAUAUGAUGCUGCAACAACGGGCGAUAUAGCAGCAUUCCAAACACUUGUGCAACAAGAUCCGUCUCUUGUUGAUCAAGUUUCAUUUGCACGUUCAAGAAAUCUCCUUCACAUUGCAGCUGCAAGUGGGCACGUUGAGAUUGCCAGAAUGCUGUUAACCGUAGCCCCCGAUGAGAUGUGCUGGUGGAUCGAUGAUCAAGGCAUGAACCCGGUUCAUAUUGCUGCCAUGAAAGGGCAUGUUGAGAUAUUGAAGGUUCUGCUUGAAAAUGACUUGUCUCCUGCUAUGGAGAGACUGCAUCGAGGCCAGACUGUGCUGCAUUUGUGCGUGAAACAUCGUCAGCUUGAGACAUUGAAGUUUUUGGUGAAGAAGUUGGACAUUCUUGUGCCUUUGAAGGACGAUGAUGGGGAGAAGGCCUUCCAUUUGGCUGUUAGGUGCAAUCGAGAUGAGAUGAUACAAUAUUUGAUGGAGACAAAUACAAUAGAGAAUUCCAUCAUCAACGAUAUAACCGACAUGACAAUGGUGGUGGUGGGCCUGAUAGCCGCGAUGGCGUUCCAGGCGGCUGUCAGCCCCCCUGGCGGCUUGUGGCAGGAUGAAACGUCAUCACACAAAGCCGGAAAAGCGGUGAUGGCAUCCACUCAUCCCAGUCUAUACAAACUAUUCUCUCGUGCUAACACCACCGCUUUCAUUUCGUCUCUCCUCGUACUCAUCCUCGUCGCCACGCGAGCGCAGAAGCAUGCAUUUUUUUUUGUGACGGUCAUCUAUUAUGCAACAUUCGUGUCGAUGGCAUCUAUUGGAAUGAGUUAUGGAGCUUCUUUAUUCAUGACGAAUCCUAUGGAAACACAAACACCUGACAAAAUUGUGUACAUUGUAGCCUUUGGAUUCGGGAGCAUCCUUGUAUUAGUACUCGUCUGGAUUGUUACAAAGAAGUCGCAUUUCAGGUGGAAGAGACUGAAACUGCAGGAUGGAGAUCUUACAAUCACGGAUCGAAUCUUUCGCUAUUUUUUUCGGAUUAGUGAAGAUGCAAUAAAAGAGUGCGGAGAUGUACUCAAAUCCUUGGGGAUUAGAUUAAGAGCAAUGAAAGUAGCUAAUUGAGUUUGAAUUAGUCUUUCUAUAUUCGUGUAAUAAGAAGUCCUCCAUUGCAUACUAUAUCCAG